AUGGUUUGGCUCGCCAUCAGUCCAAGGGGCCUGAGCACCCCCUUCAUCAUGGAGAAGGGGUGCAUGGACGGUCAGACGUACCUGGAAAACUGUCUGAGGGGCAGAUUAGUGCCCUUCUUAGACGAAAAACAUCCUGACAGGAACAUCUUGUUCUGGCCGGACCUGGCAUCGUGUCAUUAUCACAAGGAUGUGACAGCAUUUCUCGAGGCCAGCGGGAUCCCAUUCGUCAAGAAGGAGGAUAACCCACCAAACAUGCCCGCCAUCCGCCCAAUCGAGACGGUGUGGGCACUUCUGAAGCAGAAAGUCUACGAGGGCAACUGGACAGCCCUUUCGAAGCAGCAGCUGGCGGGCAGGAUCCGAAGAAAAAUCAAGGAAGUGGACAUCGAGGUUGUGCGCACCCUCCUGGAGCGCGUGCCCGGGCACCUCCGUCUCGUGGGUCGUGAGUGCGCCGAUGCCCUGAUCUAG